CUAAGGGUGAGAUGAAUGAAAUGGGGUUCCAAGGGGGAUUGUUCUUUUAUUUCCCAUGUAAUUGGCAUCGAAUGGCUGCAUACGUAUUUGGUAAUUUACCUACUCCAGUUGCUAAGCUAAGGGCUUACCAUCAACCCCCCUUCCUCAGACCUUCGCUCCACAUGAAACUCAGUCGUGCCUUCCAAGAUGACGAGAUGGCCUUCAUCGUACCUUCCCAUAAAACCUGCUGUGUGGGGUAAUAAAGUCCGGCUGUUCAGUUUGAAGCGCAUAAUUGGGGGGCCAGCAAUGAACUGAGACCUUGUCUUUUGAACAUGUCAUGAAUGUUCUUCGACUUGCAUCAACCCUCUCUCCCAAUGUUCCUCGCGCUCCAAAUAUCCGGCCAUGCCUGCUGCGAAGCCCACGCCACAGCCUAGAAGACCAAUACGCAGAUUCGAAUUGCAGGAUGUCCGCUUUAAUGGCAGAUCAAGCUUCUAUAAAGACCCGCAGCUGGUGCUGAAGCCGCAACUCGAUCUUGUUCCUCGUAGACCAGUCGAUGGCUCGCGACUUCGGAUGCCUCUAUGGCGAAAUUACUUGAUGGUCCAUGUUAAAGACAGGGCUGAGGAACUGGUCAAGCUCGACCUUGCAGACUUUCGUCCGUCGGAGGAGCCUACAGACAACGGUGCACCAGAGCAAUUCAUACGCCGCGCCCAACAUGAACCUGUUCUUUAUGUUCGAUAUCCUUCCAACACUCAAGAUGGAUCCUCAAUACUCAGAGCCACUCUCAAAGUUGCUUCGGACUUUGAGACUGUCUUGAAGGAAUUUGAUGAUUUAGGGAUAAAUGUCGACUGUUAUCAAGAGGAAUUGCCGCAGGAUCAGAGUUAUUCUUGGAGCCAGCCUUACAGCCAAUCACAAAACGUCUACUACCACCCGACUCCAAACGCCAUGUCUCCCCCACUGCCACCACGCAGCUCGCCAUACAGCUCAUCAAAUCACUCACAUCCUUACAGCUCAAGCCCACCAUAUUCAAUUGCACCAAAUCCACCAUAUCACUAUCCCAACGCAGCACCAGAUCAACUCACCUAUGAGCGAUCUGCAAGUCAACCGGUGGGAUAUCCUGGUGGUUAUCAAUCUCAAGGACAGUGGUCGCCUCCAGUGAUGCCAUCCCCGGCAGCAACAACCAUUGGAGUCCCUGGAGUACUCGGAGCGGGCAUAUACAAGGUUAGCAAACUCGGGUCAUUUUCGUCUUCUCGGUCAAGGUCACGGAAAAGCCAAGCCUCUCGAGGAGGGCACGGCUCUGCUCCUGGGAAACAUCUCGACGAUAACCACCAAACAACCCAAUCGCCUAGCAGUGGAAUAUCCAGCCCACAUCCUCUUCCGGACUCUUCCUAUUCUGUAUCCGUGCCCAGGAGGCUUCUCCAGCGAGUGCAGACAAUUAUUAGUGAAUCAGAGAGCCAAGAGAACAUUUCGCAAGCGUCGACUCUUACGUCAGACUAUGAAGACCCUUCGUCACGGCCGUUUGGGGGUUUGAGAAUACCAGAGGAGGAAGAAGCUGGAGAGGCAUCUAGCCAACAGACCGCGAUCACCACGGUGGCAUCGACUAGGUCAGCCACGAGUACUGCAAUGGUGCCUGCACAUCCAAAUACCUCGACAGAAAUAGUUCCCUAUAGGCAAGCACAACAAAAGCAUACCCCUCCGGACUCGGGGAAAAUCAACAUGCAGGCACUGCUGCGCAUCUCGCAGAUACAACAGGAAGGGCUGGUUGAUGCGACGAGGUUAUGGGAGGAUAUGAUGGAGAAGGGGAGGAAUGCGAUUGCUGGGGUUGAUGAUCCGGAAGAGGCAUUUAGAGUGUUGUCGGGCUUCCAGGAGGAGUUCAUCAGAAGAUGGACUAGGGUGGUUGCUUCGACAGUGAGGGAGAUGAGGGAUGUGGAGAAUAAGAGCGCAAUGUAAUUGUAAAUGAGUGUGUAUCUGGCUCGAAUUUCUUGAGUUUCAUUUGAGGAGAGACAGCUGGAAAAAUCACGGCUGGACACAUAAGCAGACAAAAACAAAAGUAACUAUUAAUAUCAACCCUUAUUACACCUUACUCUUGUCCUCCCUUUCUUUUGUCUCCUCCUGCUCCUUCUUCUUGACAGGCUCAUCAUCCGGACUAAAACUCAGACUAACACUGUUCACACAGUGACGCUCGUCAGUAGGGGUGGGGAAGCCUUCCCCCUUGAAGACGUGGCCGAGGUGGCCGCCGCAGUUGCUGCAGACAAUCUCGGUGCGGAGCAUGCCGAAGGCGCGGUCCUCAUGGCGGGUGACGGCUCCAGGGAUGGAGUCAAAGUAGGCGGGCCAUCCGCAGCCCGAGGAGAACUUGUGCGAGGCCUUGUAGAGGGGGGCGUGGCAGCCAGCGCAGGUGUAGACUCCGGUUGUGGGGUAGUGCUUGUCGAACUUGCCGGAGCCGGGGGGUUCGGUGCCCUUUUCGCGGAGGAUGCGGAAUUGUUCCUUGUUUAGGACUGCGCGCCACUGGUCUGGUGUUCGUUGGUCUGGGUAGGAUGAUGAUGACGACAUGUUGGAGGCGGCGGUUGUUCCGAAGAGGCUGGCGAGGAAGGAGGGGAUGACGGGCAUGGAGGAUCUCAGUGGUGGAGGGCCGGAGCGGAGGGAGCAAGUGUUACGAAGGGGUGCAGAGGUGCGGGUUAGGUGGGAGAGGGUGAAGAAUAGACGGGUGAGUGUUGAGCGCAUGAGAAUGAGUUUAAAGAAUGUGUGAGAGGGGUUGGGGUUAUGAGAUGCGGUUUAUAUGGAUGGGCUGGGGGGCCUCAGAUCGGAAGAUUUAGAAGCUGUGAGUGAGAAUCGGUUGAAAUACAGCGGGGCUGAUCACUGACAAAUCGGUGGUUUUUAGGGGCGAUGAGACAAAGCCGGUUUGGCUGUGAGUUUGGAAUCAACGGGUAUUUGGAUUUGGAGAGGGUCUAAUGUGGCAGU